UAUUUAUGUUUCGAUUUAAAGUACAAGGACAGCCAUUUGUCGUAGAAAAUUCUAACCUGAAACAGAAAAUGAUCGUGUGUCGAUGGGGGUGUUGUUUCGAGAUAAAAAAGACAACAAUAAAGAACCAUGAUUCUGUGAGCAACGCUUAACUACGGGUUAUUGGAAUACGUUCAUCGAUUGAAGAGUGAUAUUCUACGCUUUGAGAAGAUAUAGAAUCUUAACCAGAAGAAAUUAUUACAAUUUUUCGUUUAUGUUUUACAUCAUUCAUAUUCAUUGGUUUGUCUUUUAACCAUUUUGUAGAAAUUUUCUUAUGUAAGGGGAUGUAAAGAAAAAGUCUUAUUGGUGGACAAUUAUAGUAGUUCUGUUGAUUCCUGUACGGUACACCAUUGUCAUGGUAUUUGAAUAAUAUCUUACAGAAGCAUACAAACUUGUAGCAGAUAAUCAGGUGUUAGAAAAAUUGAAAGAGAAGGACUUAAAUUGUUUCAUAAUAUUUGUUGUUCCUUUGGGUAUGCUCAGUAAUGUCGUCGGCAAAUAGCAUAGAAUCUCUAGGAACAUUGCAAUGGGAUAUGAUCGAAUUGGCCAGUCAUCUGCGUCAAGAGCGUUUAUUUGUUAGUUCGGAGCAACAGAAUUUGCAAAUACUCAAUGAGAAGGUAUUAUAUGCAUCAUCAAAUUUGGCUCAGCAAGCAUGGAUUACCGCGCAGCAAAGAGUCAAUCUAAAUCGACUGAUAAUGUCUAGACCAGACUGCACACCGGCAUCUUGCUGUCUCAAAGCAAAUAGCUUGGAAAACUCGCGCUUCAUCGAUGCAUACAAGUACUUACGUUACCAGGCUUGUUUGUCUUAUGGAGCAUUUUUAAGUGCCCUUAGAAAAUCUCCUAAACUCCUUGCAUCAUGUUUAGUAGAGGGAGAUAAAUUAUUACCAGAAUUCGUGCAAAGUAUCGUUCAAUCAUUGGCAGCAGGUUUAUAUGGUAGUUGUUUGUUACCAGAAGACAAAAUUUUAGUCCUCAAAUUGUUGAGGCAUCUGAUGCUGUUACAAAUUGAUCCAUCGGAUCCUCGAAGGUUACUCAGACAUGGCACAUGCGCAUUCUCUAGGUUUUACUCGAUCUUUCACGAGAGUGUUUUUUCUGCCAAGUUCUUCUUGACAGCUGCUUUACAUAAUCCUAUUAUACAGUUGCUAAUGGAGGAUGAAAUGUUUCUUGACAUUGACCCGGACAAGGCACCUGUAAGAUUUCCUCCAUCUGAGAGAUUAAAGAAAUUUGGAAAGGAAGGUACACCAGAGUAUGAGACCAAGUUGCAGCGUUACAGACUCUGGACGAUCAAUUCGUUGUAUCGUAUAACGCAAAGAUUCAUAGCCAGUAUACGGGAAAAUAUGCAUUGUUUCCCAAGCAGUAUUUGUUGGUUGGUCAGACAGAUGGCCGGACUUUUAGAAAAAAAGGAGAAUAUCGAUCCGAAAGAAGUACACGCGAUGUGCACUGACUUGGUUUUCACGUAUUUCAUAUGUCCUGCUAUAGUAAAUCCAGAGCCGUACGGUAUUACCGAUGCGCCCAUCAGCUAUGUCGCUAGAUUUAAUCUUAUGCAAGUUGGUCAAAUUCUACAAAUGCUCUCUUUAAUGAAGUAUCAACCUGUUGAUAGUAAAACGUUUGAUCUUUACAAGAAAUUCGAGAAGGACUCCGUUUCUUCUAUAAUAGAUGCAAUGGUGGAUGGCGCAACAGAAGAACUCGAGGACGAGCCUAAUGUUAUCGACAAUAAUAAACUUCGUGGCCUUUCUCGUUCCGCCGCCUUAUUCACGGAAACAGAAUUGAACACGCUGAUUACAUUUCUGCAAACCAUAGCUGCUGAAACUACAGCAGAAAACUCUUCGCGAUCCUCGACAUUCGACGCAAAGCAAUUAAUUGAUAUGCUCUCUCAAUUACCUCCCGGUUCAUUAGUCACUAAUAAACUGAAUAAUAAUGUCAACGUCGAAACGAGCAACCGACGUGGAGGCCUUCUAGGAAAAGGAAAAGGACGAGUAGUACGAAUGCCGGCAUCAUCAUCGUCGUCAUCGUAUUCGUCCAACGCGACCAACGAUGGAGGAGACGAAUUAAACGGUACCUCAACCCCCGAGGAAGAAUCGUCUGAGAAAACUCCUCAAGAUGUCCUUGUUGUUCCGUUCGGACCAAAUACCGGAGAAUUUGUGGGACUUCUUAGCGAACAAAAAGUUCUGUGCAUGGAGCUUGGAUCCAGUAUGGAAAAUGGAUCGGUUACUUUGAAUCUUUCGGAUGACAUAGCAAAUGUACACGAUAGGCGGGAAAGUUGUGGGGUUGAACGCAUAGAGACUCAAGAAAAGAAGACUCGGUUUUCAUUGUCUCACGAUGAAGUUUUAUUCGAAGGUUUCAUUGGCAAUACCUCAGACAACUUGGAGGCCGUAUCAGAAGCUGCUUCAAAUCAUAGCGUUGCUUCCUCCCUCGAACUAGAAACAGAAGAUCAAAACGAUAAUCUAUCGGAUAUGGUGUCCGCCAGUGUCUCGGGUCGCGGAACGCCCAAUAUAUCAGGUCGAGACACGCCAUCGUCUCAAAUCACCGAAGGAGACGAAGGACGAGCAACAGGCGAAGCACGGCAAUUGGAUUUACCUCCAUCGAACAUACCAACGAAACAAAGUCGAUCAGAAAUAGACGACAAGUUUUGCAAGUUUGAAAUUAAAAAAUUGAUCGAAGGAGACGAGACUGUCUCGAUGGUGUCAGACACAUGGUCAACGGAUGUUCUAGCUUCGGAUAGCGAGAUGGUCGAACAGCAAGAAAAAAUACUGUAUCCUCCUCCUCCUGAACAAAAUACUCCAGUUUUAUCAACAACGUCGGAAUCAAUGCCGCAAGCGGGAUUAGACGUAAGCGAAACUGCAUCCGAGGCAUGGAGUACCGACGUAUUAGCUAGCGAUUCUGAGAGAUUAACCGAGGUUGAUACAGAUGAUACCGCUAGCGUUGCGAGGUCCGAUGAUACUGCGAGAUCCGAAAUCGAAAUUGAAGCACGUAGCGAAGCAGAGGCUACUGAAGAAACACUGACUCAGGCAAUUCCCCAAAACACAUCAUCGAGCGAAUGCACGGCAACGGGUUUUCAAUCGAUGUCAAUUAACAGAGAAGACACACGAUCUUCCGCGACCGUUUCUCCUUCCCCAACAACAUCUCCCUCGACAUCCUCCUCGAAUGUAAUUGGACAGAUGGAAAACAGGUCUGAUUAUCAAAGAAGUGCGAUAGAAUACGUCGACAAAAACGCCAACAGUAUCGGCAACGCUAUGGAUUAUAGUAAAUCGCUGCGCGAGGAUGGAUUUGUUCAUCUCAUAGACAAACUUCACAUCGACGAUGGAAAGGGUCAAAUCGAACAACAGACCUCGACUCAUAAUAAUAUUGGUGUAGCAGCUGUUGCACCGGCUUUGUUGUUAGCAAAUCAUAUCUCACCACCGGUUUUGUUGAGCACAGAACAGUCGCGAAACAUCGACGCAAAAUCAGAGGAAUUAGAAAACUGCAUUGGUUCGGUUGGCGACGCUAUUUGUCAAACUGGUCCAGAAGCUGUUGGAUUGAGUACUAGCAAUUUGAUGUCCAGUUGUAGUUCUAGCUCUGAAUCUCGAGCGAAGAACGCGAGUUCGGAGUUACCGUUGUCAGUGACAUUAUUAGUUAACGGAAACUGUGACUCACCAAAACCCAACGUAUCUAGCGGUGCUAUACCAAAAAGUAUCAGUUUCGAUAUGACUGCGGAACGUGGCGACAAAGAAUUAUUAGAUGAUGAUCAAAAGAACAAAAGAAGUUUCUUUGGAAAGCUCAAAAUGUCUUUGAGAAAUCGAAGAGGUAAAGCGAUCCGCGUUUGCGACGACGGUACUAUUGGCAGGUGUUACGAACGAGAAGUCGGUGUGGACAACGUUGACGUAGGGCGACACAGAUUACGUAGACUAAUGUCCGAGGAUGUUACAGCGACUAGUAACAUAGCCAGUGAUAGUACGGACGAUAUCUUGGCCAAAUACAGGAGAAAACCGAGCACCGCGAGUGAUACGGCAUCGAUCGAGAGUAAUCAAUCUCGCACGAAGGAAGCAACAGAGGACGAGAGGCUACUGAUAGAUCCGAAUAACAUCGAACUCUCGUAUGCGUUUGCCGAUGCGAAAAGAAAGUUACGCAUGGUACUCAGUAACGCUGAUCUUCAGCAUAUUUCCUGGACUCCUACAUCCGAGCGGAACUUUUGGUCCCAAAAAGAAAACGAACUGGUCGCUUUUCUACAACUACAGCUAGCAGAAGCUAUCAAUUUGCAAGAUAGAGCGUUAAUAGCUCAUCUACACGAAACAUUGCGUUGCGUAAGACUGUUCAACGACGAGGGAUGCAGGAAACUGUUCAAAUCGUUGCGCGAGGAUUAUCAAAAACGAUCACCUUAUGUCGCGUACUUGAUCAGAUGUCGACAAGGAUUACUUUCCACGUUAGCUCACUUAGACAGGUUAUGCGUUAGAGUGAAAUGCGACCGUGAUGCCGUUAACAAUCAUCUCGUAUCCGUUUGCGUAAGGGUCUUUUUAGAAAAAAAAGAGUCGCUUCUUUUGCGUUUUUGUGAUGAAUUCAAGAAACUGACGUUGGCAGAUGAGAAACAAGAUUUAGUCGAUAACUUUUUGGGAAAGGUUCAUGCAAAAAUGGAUAACGAUCCGAUAUGGCAAUGCGCGAGCGAGAAUCAACUGGUGUUAGCCAGAGCUGUGGUGGAGAGAACUGUUAUGGCGCGUGUUUAUCAUAACGCACUCUAUCCGAAUGGAGACGGUGAUGUUAAUCGGGAUCAAUUGCUUCACGAUCAUAUUAAGAAACUGGCCAAAGUUGUGACGCCUAAUCACAAAGAUCUACGAAUUCCUAAAAUAUACCAUUACGAAUGUCCCUGGCCGUGGGCUCAAGCUGAGCUAGCUGUAAUAUCAGCGUAUAAAACUCCUAGAGAUAAACUACAAUGCGUAUUUCGUUGUGCUACGACUAUUAUGAAUCUGCUUUCAAUGGCAACUGAGAGGGGAGUACCGGCGGCCGACGAUCUCAUUCCUGUUUUGAUCUACGUUAUCAUAAAGACUAAUCCGCCGUCCUUGCUUUCAACUGUACAAUACGUGGAUAGUUUCUAUGGAAAUCGACUAGAAGGCGAAGAACAAUAUUGGUGGACGCAAUUUUGUUCGGCAAUUGAAUUUAUAAAAACAAUGGAUUAAGUCGUAUUUAGUAACAAGAUACUGUUGGAACUGUAGAAAUAGUGUAUCAUAAUUUUCAUCGUCAUUAUCGUCGUUGUCAUCGUAAUAAUCAUCAUUGUUGUAGUCAUCGUAAUUAUCAUAGUCCUCCUCCUUCUCCUUCCCAUCACCAAUCGUCGUCAUCGUCAUUAUCGGUAACAUUACUAUUAUCAGUGCUAUUAUCACUAUUGCACCUGAUUAUUUCUGCUAAUGCUGCUGCGCCUGCUAUUAUUGCUACUACUCCUGCAGUUAAUAGUUUCACUUCUAUUACUCUUUGUAUUAUUUUUACUUUUACUAAUACCAAUAACAUCAUUAUCAUUUUUAACUUGAUUGAUUUUUAAUUAAUGAUAAUGAUCCGAUUAUUGUUAUCGUCAUUAUUAUUAUUCUUUUAUAAUAAUUAUUAUUGGUAUUAAUGCUAUUAUCAUCACUGCUGUUGUUGCUACUGCUAUUGCUAUUACAAUUGGUAUUGCAAUUAUUGUCACCAUCAUUGUUAUAUGUAUUAUUAUUUUUCCUGUUGCUAUUGUUAGUGUCUAUAUUAGAACUAUUAACAAUGAUUUUUAAAUGUCAACCAAUCUUGCACCACUAAAGAAUUGGAUAUUUUCGAUAUCUUAUAAAAGCAAGAAUGAAAUCUUAUAAUACUUAUGUAUACAUGUAUAAGAAGAAAAUGUUAUUUGCCAACUUUUUUAAUGAAUGCGUCCAUUUGAUGUACCUAUUAUGUGUGAGUUUUAACCUUUAGUCAGCAUUAUAGAGAAUGAUUACUUCAUAGUAAGCUAGAAAAAAAUAUCUUGCUUUUACGUAAAAAGGUUUUAUUUUAUUAUAGAAUAAUCUAUACAGUGGAAAAACACAUAUUGUAUUUUUUCAUAUACUUUUUUAUGUUAGAUUUUUAA